GCACCUAACUUAUUGGAGAUUGAUUUAGACCGCCCAAAUGAAUUUUUGGAACUCGAUCCAUUCUAUAUAUGGAAGCCAUACAGAACGGGUUGAGGAAGCAUGUACCGGGAGGAGUACUUUAAGUGCUCGUGAGAAGAUAUGUUGAUUUUUUACUUUACAAGAAAGGUACUAAAAAGAGCUUAAAAUGUUCAGUUUGUUUUGUUGACAUGCCAUGAAAAAAGAAGACUUUUCGCAAAACUUUAAAUGUGUAAAUAAUAGUUGCUCAUCUAAAUGACAUACCAUACAAAAUAAAUGUACGUACAUCCGAUUUUGCCUGUGGUGGUUGAAGGUUUGGCAGUUGGCAGUUCUUAAAUUGAAACUAAAUGUACGCCUAACUUACUCUGUAGACGGAUUUCGACUGCGCAAAUGUUUUUUCUAAAGACUCGGUCCUUCUAUAUAUAUAGGCCACACGGAACGAGUUCAGGAAGCAUGUGCUUGCAGUUGCAGGAGUUGAAGUUCUUGUUCAGUACCAACAUAAUUACAAACCAUAGCAGCAUGGACUUGACAAUUGGCACUAUGUUGUUGGUCCUAGCUAUUAUUCUCAUCACCGCAAUAGUCAUCAAGAUUGCAAAUGCAAGAGUCACCUUUGAUCCAGUUUGUACACGACCACCUCCACCUGUGGUGAAUAGCAUUGCUCUUCUAAAACUCUUACCUACCCUGUGUACAAAGGGCCCCGAAGUUACAAUGACCUAUCUGUAUAACAAGUUUGGCAGUGUUUUCACAGUUAGUAUUCUUUGGAAAAGGAUAAGCUUCUUGGUCGGGCCAGAGGUGUCUGGUCCCUUUUUUCAAGGUUCCGAGUCAGAGGUUUCCCAAGGUAAUUUCAAUGAGUUCACUGUGCCCAUGUUUGGCCAAGAGAAUGGAUUUGCCGUAGAUUGCUCCACUCGAAUGGAUGAGAUUCGCUUCUACAUUGAUGCUCUAAAGCCAUCACAGCUGAGGAGCCAUGUUGACCCCAUGCUUCGUGAAGUGGAGGACUACUUUGGAAAAUGGGGAGAUGUGGGGGUAGUCGAUCUAAAAUAUGAGUUCAACCAUAUACUCAUGUUGAUCGCAAGUCGAUGCUUGCUCGGAAAAGAGGUUCGAGAGAAGAUAUUUGGCGAGUUUUACACACUGUUUACUGAAAUUGAAGAAGGAGUGAACUUGGUCAGUUUCAUGCUCCCAUAUAUCCCUAUUCCAGUAAACAGGCGACGCGAUCGAGCUCGCAUUAAGCUUACGGAGAUCGUUACAGAGAUUUUGAGGUCACGAAAGAUAUGCAACCGCAUCGAGGAGGAUGUGCUCCAGAAGUUGAUGGAUUCCAGGUAUAAAGACGGCCGCUGUACAACAGAAGCGGCUGUUGCGGGAAUGAUAAUCGCGUUGAUAUUUGCUGGAAAACAUACAAGCGCUGUCGUAUCCACCUGGACUGGAGCUUGCCUAUUGACCCAUGAAAAGUUCUUAGAUGCUGCUUUCAAUGAGCAAAAGGAAAUAAUGAGGACAUAUGGGGACAAGAUAGACUAUAAUGUCUUGCUAGAGAUGGAGACACUACAUAGUUGCAUCAAAGAGGCUGGACGCAUGAAUCCAAUAUCGUUUGGGUUGGUUCGCCAAGCACAAAAGAACAUCAUAGUGAGGACAAAAGAGGGCGUUGAAUACGACAUUCCGAAAGGUGACACCUUAGUAAAUCUUGUAAUGCUAACCCACAAAUUGCCACACAUUUACAAGGACCCCAAGGUAUAUGACCCCGAUCGGUUUCGUUCCGGAAGAGAUGAGGACAAAGUUGGUGGUAAAUUCUCUUAUGGAACUUUCGGUGGUGGAAGGCAUGUUUGCGCUGGGGAGGCCUAUGCUUUUAUGCAAAUCAAAAUUAUAUGGAGCCAUUUGCUGAGAAAUUUUGAACUCAAAUUGACUUCUCCUUUUCCCAAGACAGAUUGGAGCAAGUAUGCAUUAGAGCCUAAAGGGAAAGUGAUGGUAAGUUAUAAGCGAUACCGUGUGCCUGGAAUCUAGGAUAUGUCAUCGGCCUAGCAACAUGUAUUUUCAUGGAUCUGUAGCUUUGUGUGAGUGUGGUGAUACAUGUUGGCUAGUUGUCUAUGGUUUUAUGAGUAUCAUAAGGCCAGGUUAUGUAUAAUUUCAUGUUUGAUUACUUCCACUUAAUUGUCAAAACAUUUGGCUAGUCGGCCAUAUUCUAUAAGACUAUAACAAUUAUUGGUGUAUGUU